GGGUCAUGUCUUAUUUUGAGUCCUGAUAAUGUGCGAUAGUGUAGUUUGGAGAGCGUGAAACCCGGCGAAUGCUUUCGUCUAGUACGUUAUCAGUUCGGGACCACAACAUCCGACAGCAAGUGUGUCACUGUUCGCCCGCGUGAUUGCUGGUUUUAUUAAAGAGCUGGCCGCGUCUUACACCACUUCACAACAUGGCUGAAAAAAGUGAAACUUGGGAAGAGGACGACCGUGAAGAAGAUUUCAGAAAAACUGGCCAGACGUGUUAUAACAGGGAAAAGGAAUCGAACGAUAACGGAAAUGUGUUUGACUGCGCUUUUCAUCCGACCCGGCCUUUACUAGCUUGCGGAUUAAGUAAUGGAUCGAUCCGGUUAUUCCAGGGCCCAGAUGCAGACGCACCGUUUGACAGGUGGACAAUAGACGAUCGAUUCCGAUUGGACAACGCAUCCCACAUCAAAUGCUUGGCUUGGAAUGUGGAUGGGACUCGGUUAGCGGCCGGAUGCUUUGACGGGACAGUUGCAGUAUGGCAGUGCAAUGGGGUCGAUGACUCGACAAUACCUUUUCAAGCAAAAGAACAUAAUUUGGCAGUAUUUGAAAUUAUCUGGAAUCGAUGGAAUUGUAACCUGUUCGCCACUCGAAGCCGGGACGAAGGAGAACUCCAGAGAAUAUUGACAUGGAAUUCUGAUUUGAACGAACCAGUUAGCUGCCAAUGCCUCGAACUCGACACGAAAUUCGUUUGGGAUUUCGAAUGGAUCUCAUCUACUCGAAUGGCGGCAUGUACUUAUGAAGGGACUAUCCUCAUCUGUGAAAUUGGGUCUAAAGUUCCAGUUAGGCGUGUCAGCCAUCCGGGUGUAUGGAAAGUACGAUGGCAUUUCGCGUUGCACUAUCUCGUUUCAUGCUCAACUGAUGGGUCUGUUAAGGUUUGGUCUAAAAAUAGGCAUCAAGAAGUCGGCCAAAUCCAACUGGAGAACCGAGUCUAUUGCGUCGAUUGUCACGGACUUCGAUCCGGUGGAUCUGCUUUGAUUGCCAGUGGGCUAGAAGAUGGAACGAUUGCCAUUUGGCAUGUGACGGAAAACCGAUUGCAAAUCCUUAGUGAGCAUUUGGAUGCGGUCACCUGCAUCUCGUUUUCACCUGACGGACAGUACCUGGCAACCUUAGAUAAUGAAGAAAAACUGAUUAUCUGGUCUACGGAAAAUUGGGUAAUAAUCUUUCAUCACUUCAAACCAGCGAACGAAAACUGGAAUCAUAUCAGGUGGAAUCCCACCAGCAACAAAUUAGCCAUAUCCAGUAAUUCUCAUGAGAUCCAUAUUAUCGAGCUGGAAGAUGAAUUCGAAGACUGCAUCAGCUCGCAUGACGAAGAAAAAUCUACGUGAACUUAUCCCUUUUCCAUAAUUAAGCUGUUUUGUGUACCAAAUCGAUCAUCUCAUAUACAUGUAAGAGUUUCUACUUAA